AUGGAGCUGCUAGUCAAUUACCUGGCUCGUCGGCCGUCGCGCCCACCCCCAGGGCUGGGCACUCCAAAGAUCGCAGUCGAAGGUAGUGGCGACGUGGCAGAGCGUGCCUACGAGAGUGUCGACCUCAAUCGCACAUCUACGCAGCAGUCCAGGUGCCUUCUCUGCGACUCCGCCUUCCGCGGCCGGAGUGAGCUCACUAAGCACUACCAGAAGAUCCACGUCAAGGAUGGGACGUUCGAUCGGCCUUUCUCAUGCCCCAAAUGUCUCCGCCUAGGAAGGGGGCACGUCACGAUUACCGCGGGCCCUCCAGCUUGGAACCGUCACGCCGAGGCAUCCCACGGCAAAAUUCGCCAAGGAAGCAAUGGAGGCAAGCGCAAGCGUACGAGGGACGACGCCGACGCCGACCCUACAGUCGAUGGUGCUGGCGGCGAUCGGCCAGAGGAUACCGAAGCCGCAUCAGAUACGACCUGCACUACACCAGCGACGGCCACCAAUUCCAUGUCGAGCACCCAAACCCCAGCCUCUUUAGUAGAAAUGGAAAACAUCCGGAACAUCAAUCCUCGCCUACUACCAGACCACUUAAGACAAGGCUCGAAGAAGGUAAAGAGCAGCCAUUUCGACGAUCCUAAGGCUGGCAACAGCGAGCGACGCGUGUGGCCCUGGGAAACGGAGCCAGGCCCGAUUGUGCUCAGCGGAUCAGGCACCGAACUGGAAGACCUGGAAGGUGACUGUAUCCCAGCCGCAGAUCCACAGCCAGAGGAUCAUGGUCUGUCCUAUACUGGAUUGUUGGACGCUGAACUGCAUGAGCCAAUGGCCGCAGACCGCUUCCACCCGCAAGGGCAAGAGGGCACGGAAAUCCUCGAGAAUCCACCAUCAGAAGCAAUCACGACCUCGGCGCUCGCGAUGAUUGAUCUCGGAGACAGCUAUCCACGAGGGAUGAGUUCCGAGAGCCUUUCACCUACCCACGUCCCUGACGAUGAGGACGUCGGGCAACUCCAACCAGCCGCACUCAUUCAAUACCCAGCCGAGGAAGAGACGGAGAUAGGUGGUAGCCUGACUUCAGCCUUGACGAUAGAUCCUGGAGACCUAAGCCACGCAGCCAAGCUUUACUGGGGUAGAGGGUACGCUCUCGUACCAGAGGGUCGCGAGCUCAACCGAACCGCGAAUAAUGCACAGAGACGUGAGGAGAUAAGCAGCAACAUCAGCUCACAGCAUGUGAUCACGGGCAAAAGAUUGAGGACCUCGGUUAGGAAUCGCGCGUAG